UCCUCCCCAAUCCAAUCCAUCCGCCACCCGCCACGCCUCCCUCUCUCUCUCUCAACUUCCGGCGAGGAUAACGCCGGAUCGACGCGCCGCCGGCCGGCCGGCGGCAACAGACAGCCAUAGAGUAGACUUUGGAAGAGGCAUAUUUGCGCUGUGAAUCAGAAGCGUUAUGAACGGAGAUAAAGUUCACGACAAGGAGACUCACGGAACGAGCAGCGAUAUAACUAAUAAAACAUCUGUGGACAAGGUGAAGGCCCCCAAUCUGUUUGAACGAGCUAAGGAAGAAGUUGAGGCUCUUGUUGGAGCUGUUCAUAAUAAGAUGGAGCACAAUUCCAGUCCCCGCGGAAAUAAUGACCUGCAUAAGGACUCAAAGGAUGACAGUAAGGCGGCGAUGAAUAAAAUGGAGACCCACAAGAAUGAAACUCAUGGUACAAGCGAUGAUAUAAAUGAGAAUACGCCGGUUGAGAAAGUUAAAGGUCCAAAUGUGUUUGAGCGUGCCAAGGAAGAGAUUGAAGCUAUUGUUGAGGCCUUCCACCCAAAGAAGGGAUCUGACAAGUGAAGAUUGGGACCAUGGCGGAGUUUGUCUGCACUAGCUGUGAACACAAUGACAUGAUGAAUUAUUAAUUGAUCGAUUGAUGAAUUUCUGAGCCAUCCAUCGGCUGUUCUGUCUGUUACCAAACUAUCAAACUAUGGAGUUCUCAACCCUCAAUGUUUCAUUGUAACACUGAUAUCGGUUGUCUGUUGCUGAGCAGACUAUGUGUGUAUCAUGUGUGGCAUGAACGUAUUACUGAUGGAUGUAUGUUGAACAUACUCACUUUGCAUAUGGUAAUGUGCUUGCUACCAUACAUGCAAGAAGCUUUUGAGGUGUAUAAAUAAAGAACAGUCAAUUGCUGUAUAAUAUUAACCUUCUACUA